UUACAAAAAAAUUAAUAGUUAAAAAUGACAAUUAAUUUGCAAUGGAACUUCCAUGGAUCGGCCUUUAGGAGGCCUAUGCCUCCCUCCGCUUUUUUAUCAAUGUCAUGGCAUUUUCAUUCUAUGUAUUGCUACCAACAGACAUCGAUUUUUUUUUCUUGUUUUGGUUCUGUGUUCAACUCUCUCUCUUUGAUCAUCCUGUUGUUAGUGAAGGGAGGCAGCAGCGCCAGCCGCCAACAACGACACCGACAACAGGCAAUGGAUGGUGUCGUGACAAAUGGAGAUUUUAAGAUCGCCAGGAAGUAGACAGAUAAAAAUAAAUUUUAGCAACGCCACAAGAGAUUAAGAUUUAAAUGGUUAUGUUUGAACAAAGACUAUAUCCACUGGUGAAGAUGAUCACAAAGAAAUUCACCAAUAAAAAAAUAGAAUAUGAACGAGAAAAAUGAUAAAAUUAUUAAAACCCAAAACUCCAUUACCCUCAAAUCUCACUCAUACACAAAAGAUUUUUUUUUUUAAAAGAAAAAAGUAUUAUGAAGUUUUCUAUAAAAGAGAAUUCUAUAUAUCGAUCCCUAUUCACUUUCACAUCUCACACCUAUAGUUUUUUUUUUUUUUGUUUUUUUAUAGGAUAUGUCAUGGGUAUUUUUUAUAGAGUGUGGGGUAUGGAGUAGUAAAUAAUAAUCGAUAAGAAGAAUUUUUCAUAACUCAAAAGACCUCAAACUUUAUUCUCUUAUGUGCAUCAACAAAAAGGCUCAAAACUCUCUUCGUCACACUGAAAGGUGGAAACUAAAGAAAACAACUAUCUAUUUUUUUGCGUAUUUCCUAAUUUCUCAAUGUACUUUGUACCUUCAACUUUAUAGAUCAUGCAUGAAGUUUGAGGUGUUGAAGCAAAUAUUCUUCCCCACGUGAAGAAGAAGCGAAGCCACUCAACAGAUGGCCUAGCUACCUUCUCCUUCCAUACGUUUGGAAACUCUCAACAACAACAUAACCUCUACCAUCCAUGCUCUUGGUGUUUCCCAACAGCUAGCAAAAGGGAAAGCAUCAUGCCCUCUAUAUAAAAUGACGGAAAGCAAGCAUACUCUUAAUUGGUAGCCAAGACAAUGGAUGGGAAGCUCGAAUCUAAGGGCAAAGUUUGUGUGACAGGGGCUUCUGGCUUUCUGGCUUCUUGGCUAAUUAAGCGACUUCUCUUGUCUGGAUAUCAUGUCAUUGGAACUGUUAGAGAUCCAGGAAAUGAGAAGAAAUCAGCGCAUCUGCUGAGGUUGGAAGGAGCGAGGGAGAGACUCCAGCUGGUGAAGGCUGAUCUAAUGGAAGAGGGCAGCUUUGACGAUGCAAUCAUGGGAUGCCAUGGUGUUUUCCACAUUGCUUCUCCUGUGCUCAAACCUUCAUCUGAUCCAAAGGCAGAAAUCUUGGAACCGGCUAUUCAGGGUACACUAAACGUUCUAAGUUCAUGCAAAAAGAAUCCAUCUCUAAGGCGUGUAGUUCUCACCUCAUCUUCUUCAACCGCGAGGGCAAGAGAUGAUUUUGACCCCAAUAUACCUUUGGACGAGACAUCUUGGAGCUCUGUUGAACUCUGCGAGAGACUACAGAUAUGGUAUGUUUUAUCAAAAACGCUAGCUGAGAGGGCAGCAUGGGAUUUCUGCAACAAAAAUGGGAUCGACCUGGUGACCGUACUGCCCGCAUUCGUCAUUGGACCUAGUUUGCCACCAGACUUGUGUUCUACUGCAUCAGAUGUGCUUGGCUUACUUAAAGGGGAAACAGAGAAAUUCCAAUGGCAUGGAAGGAUGGGAUAUGUCCACAUAGAUGAUGUAGCACUUUGCCACAUCCUUGUUUACGAACAUGAAGCUGCUUUCGGACGAUACCUUUGUAGCUCUACUGUUGUAGAUAAUAAUGAGUUAGCAUCCCUGUUAGCUACUCGAUAUCCUUCCCUGCCUAUCCCAAAAAGGUUUGAGCAACUUAACAGACCAUAUUAUGAGUUAAACACGUCGAAGUUGGAGAGUUUGGGAUUCAAGUUCAAAUCAAUACAAGAGAUGUUUGAUGAGUGCAUUGCAUCCCUGGUGGAGCAAGGUUACCUUUCUGUCUAGCAAUGCUCGGUGGUGACACUUUCUCCUGCUCAUAGUCACUGCCCGGCCUCAACUAUAAUUAAUGAAGCAGUUAAAUAAGGAAUAAAUUAGCCUCCUAUGAUUAAUGUCUAUCAUCCUUUCUAUAUCCCUUUUUAUAUACAUUCGCGGGUAUAAAAAGAAUAACACGUUUAGAAAAACAUCGUGACAACAUAUGUAUCCAACGUUUGUGACCUCAGCUUGUAUCUAAUUUUUUAUAUCAUUUACACGACUUGAUGAUCGCAUUUAUGUACCAUACUU